ACUAGCUAUUGGGAAAGGGAGACUAUGAUGUCUAACGAACAAGAAAAAGCUACCUUCAACGGUGGAGGCGAAGGAACGAUCAAACCAAAUGAACAGGCUACCGGUCAGUCAUCUGGAUCAGUUCCAAGUGCUAUUGUGUCAGUACCUAAGCUGCAAAAUGAAGCAACCAAGAAAGAAAAAUCUGGGUUUGUUACUCAUGAUGCGAAUAUGGCUGAAUACAAGAGAAAGGGUAAGGGUAAGGUUGUUCACAACAACAAAGGCCCUGCUACGCCCAACAAGGCUGGCAACAAAAUAGCACCUCAACCCUCCACUAGCUUUAAAAAGCAAGGUGAGCAAGGUGAAUUCAAGAAAUCUGCUAUGAAGUGUACCUUCUGUCACAAGAAAGGUCACAAAGCUGCCGAGUGUCGCAGCAAAGCUAGGGCGGCGAAGAGUCAAACCAAUCAAGCUAAUUUGACUGAAGGUGACCUCUGUGCGGUGGUCACUGAAGCAAAUGUGGUGAUGACCAACGAAAGCCCAAUGGAGUGGUGGUACGACACUGGAGCGACCACCCACAUCUGCAUCAACAGAGACAUGUUCAGCACCUAUCAGAAAUGCAAGUCUGGUGAGAAUCUGAUGAUGGGCAACGUGUCUCACUCCAAGAUUGAGGGUACCGGCAAGGUAGUCCUGAAGCUGACUUCAGGGAUGUCUGUCACUCUCACCAAUGUGAAGCAUGUUCCAGACAUGAGGAAGAAUCUAAUCUCUGGGACUCUGAUGAACAAGCAUGGUUUUGCCAUCAACCUCGAGUCCGACCAGCUGAUCCUGAGGAAGAAUGGUGUCUUUAUUGGCAAAGGUUUUGUUAAGGGAGGACUGGUCAAAAUGUGUGUUCAGACAGUCCUCAAGAAAGAUGAUGACAUGUGAAUUAUAAAUCUAUGAAAAGAUU